AGCAGUCAUAGAGCUAGAAAAUUAAGGAUUACCAUUUUCCUUUGCCGAACUAAAGAAGGAAAAAUUUAUUAGCGUGCUUUUGGUGGUCAAAGCCCUGGACUACGAGAAAGAAAAUGAAACACAACACAAAGUUCUUUGUGGAAUACUUAGCGUUGGAUCUCAUCAUGGUCAAUAGUGGUUGCUUGUGGUUUAGAUGAUAAAUCAAAGGAUCCUAUCAUGGACAUAGUUGGAGGAGAUGAUGAUAAUCAGUCGACAGUCCUACAGAACAUCGAAGAAUUUUAACAAAAAAAAAGGACAACUUCAUGUUACAGGGAACUUUAUUUUUGAAGCGGUGUGAUACAGAAUUCCUUGGUUGCCUGAGGACAUCUAAUGUUCUCUUGGGUAUCACAGAUUCUGAGAUAGGAUUCCUGGAUAAAGUUGAGGAUGUAGAAUAUGAGAAGCGCACUGGUAAUGUUUCUCUGAUAGUUCUCUUGGGUAUCACAGAUUCUGAGUUGGGUCUUCUACAUAAAGUUGAGGAUAUAGAAUAUGAAAAGAGCACUGUUAAUGCUUCUUUGUAUUUUAAGAGUUGCAACAGUUGCGACUUCAGCUGGUCGCAACAGUUAUUAGCUGUUACGCAAUUUUGGUGUCAAAACAGAUUAAAAGUGUCAACCGAAAAUUUGCAACGGAAAUUUCGCCAUUGCAAAAAGCAGCAACAUCGACUUUCAUAAUAG